AGUGAGCUUCGCAUCCACGGAGAGCAGAUGGUGUUUUUGAAAGGAAGGGCGGCCAUUCCCGUGACUUUGGACUUGGCUCCGUUGAACCCCUGAACGGAACCAAGAUUGCUAGGAGAACACCUGUGCCCCCCAGCACUCUGGUCCAGCGAGGGCAGGAGAGGAGAGCUGGAAACUGGUAGAGCUGUGCUACCUGCCACCUCCUGAGGCUCUCAGGGAGCAGGACUUUCUGAACAUGAGUGGCAAAAACUGGAUAUUGAUUUCUACUACUUCACCCCAGAGCCUGGAAGAUGAGAUUCUGGGACGGCUUCUGAAAAUUCUCUUUGUUUUGUUCGUGGACUUAAUGUCCAUUAUGUAUGUUGUCAUAACGUCCUAAAAACCCGACGUCCUCUACUCCGGGUGCAAAUUUCAAACUGACUGCCAGUGAAUAAAGUUCUACAUUUUAAUAUGA